GGCCGUCAUUGGGUUUGGAUGAAAUGGCGGUUUAAUAUGUUCUCUCAAUGCAGCCAAUAUCAACAUCUGUUUCUAGUGAAAGCAGUUAUUCAAAAGACGCUUCAACUUGCAAUAACAACUUCCCUCCCUAUUGGAGUUUUCACUCAGAAGCGAGGACUUUUUCCAAAAGGCAGUCUUCGCGCCAGAAACCAACACCACUGUCUUCAUACUUCACAAAGCAACAACCAGAACAGCGUUGGAACAAACUCUAUCCUGAUCACACUGUUCAAGUGACUGAACAAAGAUGGGCAAAGAAAUCGCAGCUUAUGCGUUGUCGUAAUGAGCGUACCAAACGACCAAGCACUGGAACAAGGAAGAGACUCCAUAUUCCUGAUAACAAAACUCUUCAAAAGUGUGCACAGUUACACCAUCAGUAUAGUGUUGACUUACUUUCUAACGAAAGUAAAGUACAAACAUUAUCAAGCAACUUGAAUAGAAACCAUCACAUUCGUGAACCUGCAUUAGAAACCAAGAACGGCGUUUCUUAUCAAGAACUUGAGUCAACUUCAAAGGAUGUUUCCCCAUAUCAGUCCCAAGAGACGUCAACAGAUGAUGACCAUUUUCUAUUGAUAUUUCCUCGGAGAGAAAGAGGUUAUGUAACUAUCCAAGCUGAAGAUGUAAAACUAUUGGAACCAUGUGGUAUGUUGAAUGAUAAUGUGGUGGACUUCAUGUUGAAGUAUAUAGAAAUGUAUCAAGUUCCUUAUAAGCUUCAAGGGAAAGUGCAUUUCUUCAAUAGUUUCUUUUUCACUCGAUUGCAGUCAUUGGCAGGGCACGAGACUCAUCAUGACAACAUUGAAUGUCUUUCACGUUGGACCAAUGGUAUUGAAAUUCUUUCUAAAAAGUUCUUAUUCAUUCCUAUUUGUAUGCACCAUCAUUGGACUUUAGCUGUUGUUUGUAAUCCGGGUAACAUAUUGUCGUGGAAUCCCAACUAUGAUGACCCAAAAGAAAGACCUUGCAUUCUGUACUUUGAUUCUUUGGGCACAUUUAGUUUUUCAAGAAAUUGUCAACGUUUGCUUCGUUCUUAUUUAGAAAUGGAAUGGAGAAAGCGACACUCUCCAUGUCAGUUGGAGGAAUCAGAACAAACGUUUUGUGUUCCACAAGAAAAUUUAGUGCUUUGGAAUGUUUCAGCACCACAACAAAAGAAUGAGUUUGAUUGUGGUUUGUUUAUGAUUCAUUAUAUCAUCCGAUUUUUACAAGAGCCACCUAAUGGAGGUUCCUUUACUAGGAAAGCUGAUCUUCGCGUCAAAAGCUGGUUUACUGACAAAGACAUCAAGGUCUUUCGUGAGAAGAUAAAACAACUUAUUAUGGAUUUGGCAAAGUAUUAUGCGAGUCAUCCAACAGAACAACUCAUUCAAAACAGUUCAAUAUGAAUGGAUAUGAAUCGACUUUUCAGAACUCUCUCUCUCUCUCUCCCCUCUCUACAAAUGUUUAUUCAG